CGUAAUACGCACCCGGCGCACUUUAAACACCCAAGUUAGCUCACUUUUAUACUCUCAUUCUCCGGUUAGGUCAAGCCGUAGCUGAAAUUUAGUGCUGCUCUCUGAAGGUGUGCUAGUCAGGUUAUCGAAUUCCAUCCUUAUCUAUACGAAGUAAUCGAUAUCGUUUCCUAUGGCGGACGAGGAACCUGUUGAUCAAAAGAGGCUUCUUGAAGAGGGUUGCAAGCCUAAAUGUGUCAAACAACUUCAUUUGUAUGAGGCAUGUGUUAAGAGAAUCCAAGGUGAUGAAAGUGGCCACAAGCAUUGCACUGGUCAAUAUUUUGAUUAUUGGUCUUGUAUUGAUAAAUGUGUUGCACCAUCGCUAUUCUCGAAACUGAAAUAACCAGGGCCAACGUUGUUUAAGUUAACAUUACCAUCACGUCCUGCUGUUUUGAUUUCGAAAGCUAGUGAUUGUUUCGGAAAUUAUUGAUCUUGUAUUGUGAGCUUGAGAUGCCUUCGUGGCUUGUCUGAGAACUGUUAAAAUUUUUUUUGUGUUACCGUGGAAAAGUUUAAUGAUUAUCAAUAAAUUUGAAUCCUUGGAGACAUGCCUGACUAUGGGCUGGUCAGAAGUGCCAUAUUGGAAUGACAGCAAUAAUUUGAAUAUAAACUGUGUUGAUGUUACCUGCAUAAA